AUGGAGAAAAGUCUGCGCACUUUGUUGGAGCAGCGGCAACUCUCCGAGACAGAAAUAGCAGUCAUUUCUCUGAAUGUAGCACUUGCUCUAAACUACCUUCAUCAGAAGAAACCAGAGCCUAUCAUUCAUCGCGACAUCAGCAGUGCGAAUGUGUUGCUAUGGCGACAGGGUGACCAAUGGAGAGGCAAAGUGUCAGAUUAUGGCACUGCUAAUUUCAUGCAGCAGACCAUGACAGUGGCUCCUGGAGAAAGGAUUUACAGCGCACCUGAAGCACUUACAUCAAACCAAACAGUCAAGGUAAGUUUUAGUCACUGUUCAAGACUGUUAAUAUGGCAUAAUUAUUAAUAAGUUGCCCUUACCGAAACGUCUUUCCAUAUAUCGUAUAUCGGUCGUGGUUUUCUCUUUCGAUUGUUAUCGUCGGGGCUUACGGAAGAAGCAGCCGCGUGAGUUUUUUGGCUUUAUAAUGGCACUGUGUAAAGUCAUGUUUUGUUGUUAGUUUUUUUUUUUCAAGCGGAGUAGAAAACUGUGUCUGUUUAGCCUCUUGAGUUAUGCAACGGACAAUUUUAUUGCAAAGUGUCCUGUUCAAUUUCUCGUUUUAUAGCGGAGCACCAUGGGUAAGAAAAUGUGGUAAACUACCCAUCCGAGAAAAUUUGGUAAUCACGUGACCGUACACCGACCGUCCGUCCGUACCGCAGGCAUACCAAUGUAAAAUGACUCAAUAAACAGGUAUGGCAACCCAAAUGCAAGUCGAGGUUAUUUUGACGGGAAAUCGCAUAGCCCCGCGUCCUUGUAAAGCAGAGACAACUAAGGAGUCGAAAAGCGGAAAUUGUCUCUGUAUCCGUAUUUUCUAAAGUAUUAAGCUCAGAAUAAUUGUCAUGACCACAAAUUUGGAAUAUAGAGCAAGAGAAAGACAGAGAAAAAGAGAAAGUAGGCGACAGGCCAGCGAAGCUCAACGAGAAAGAGGGCGACAGAGAUCUAGAGCGAGAGAUAAACAAAGGAGACAUUUUUUUGUUGGAAUUUUCUUCCAACAAAAGCGGCGGUGACAAUGAGAAAUUCCAGCGGUCACCAAUGCAAGGUGAAAAUGAGCGGAAGUGAGAAAAAAGUGAACGAGAAAACGUACGACAUUUCCUCAAUAAAACGUGUGACUAAGAAGUUUCAGCAAGUUUCACGUUGUGGUCGUAGAAAAAAAGUCUGCUGCGCGUGCAAAGCUGCUUUUUUGCUAAUUAGACCUAUUGCUGUCUUUCACCGUUCUCCGGCGUUGCCUUCGCCGCUAGCAUUACCAAAUUUUAUAUUUUGUUUAAACAAACUAUAAAUAUGAUCGAGAGCUUCGCUCUUAGUCCUGGCUAAUUCUAUAUAUUUUAAAAAUUUAACAGGUUGCUUGUCGGACACAUGAAAUGAUCAGACAAAUGAUCAAAUGAUCAAAUUAAUUGUAUAUGGCUGACUCUGCCAGCGGGCAAGGUAAGGCAAAUCCUGCGUUCUGAUUGGACUUGUCUUUCCCGACCGGACGUUCUCCUACCACCUUUUCUUUUUAGCCAUGUAAUAAGUCGUUUAUUGACCAAGCUUGUUCGGUCAAGGUGGCAGGAUAUGCAGUGGCAGAUCCAGAUCUUCAGAUGAGGGAGGAGGGGGGGGUCCAAAAACAAAUUUUCCGGCCGUUCGGGCCUCAUUUUGCUCUAAACAUAAGGGGCGCGGGAUGGGGGGAGGGCGGGCCUCCCGGGCCCCUUUCCUGGAUCCGCCGCUGAUAUGGGCCUAGUUCUUUUUGCGUUUUUAUAAAUAUCGACUUUAUCUCGCUCCAUAAAAACGCGACGACAAACAUGACCUAUAUGCAGCAGUCUUGACCAGUCAAGAUUGGUUAAUAAAACAGACUUAAACAUUUAUCGGUCGGAGCAGAACCAUAAUGAAUUUAAUUAUACACAAUAGCAAAAAAAUUAGAGCAGAGCUGAUACGGUCCAACCAUAACAAACAAAAACAUAAAGGUAUAAAGACUAUAAAAACUUUCAUAAAUUCUCGCAAGAAUGUCGGUAAUCACAGAAUUGUUCUGAAGUAUAGCUCGGUUCCAGGCGUUCAGAUUGUGCGUACGGCGCAAAAAGGUUCGCGCCGCACUUCAUUAUCUGAACUCCUGGAACGGGCUAUCUGAAGGAAGGUAGUAGAGUCAUUAGAGAUCAGCAAGAGGUUGCAGAACUAUUGAAUUAUUUCUUUUCAAAUUGUACUUUAAAUAACAAGGUUUUAGUGAACAUCCACCUGAUCUCUCGUGCAUAUUACGCAAUCUGAUGGGUAGAGAGGAACUAGGAGAGAUAUCUAUGAAGCCUUAUAGUUCAGUUAUUGCUCGGAUUCGUGGCAUUUCUUCAGUACGCAGGCAGCUGAUAAAUAAGAGAAGGUUAGGAUAUCUAUAGGAAAUUCAGAGACAUUUAUGUACAUUGUUAGCUAGGUUUUCUUUUCACCCAACAAGUAAUUCGAAGAAGGGAGGAAUGAAGUAUAUGUAAGUAUUUAGGUCUACCUCCGCACCCCCUAUGUUUGUAUUAUCGAGCAUGCGCUCCGACUGUUAUGAUGAUUGAAUACACAGGUGUGCACGAGCAGCAAUGGUGUGUGUGUUGGUGGUUAAAUACGUAAGACACUACAGCUACGUUCUCCUGCUGCUCCUUCUAGUCACCAUAGUGUAAACAACGAUAUCGACACACCAUAAGAAACAAUUCUGGGAAAUAAACGUGUGUUCAGCGAAGCUACGAUCUGUACAAGCACAUGACCAAAAGCUGAGUAGAACGCAUGACCGAGAAAGAAACUAAUGCCAGCCGUCCCUCCCUUCGCUAGAAAUAAAUACAAACAAAUGCAAUUAUUUUAGACGUUAAAAAAAAUCCGGUAAAAGAGGCAAUCCUUACUGUAUUACUGAUAAAGUGGAGGCAGCCACAUCAAAUACAUUUUUAAGAAGGUUUUCAAAAAGUUGCAUUCUUAAAGGGUAUUGCAUACAGCCGGUUGUAACAAAGCAAACAUCUUGAAAAUAGUAAGACAAGCCUUGAAAUAUGCCAUAGCGGUACAGCAGGCGAUAAGCAUUGUUGUUUAGUUUAUAUUAACUAUAACCAUUAGCAUUAUUUAUGAUAUCAAUUGACAAGUUCAUAUGCUAAAGGCCAGAAACUCUGCACCAGUUUGAAUCACUUGUAGGUAAUAAAGAGCUAUCGCACAACGCCAUGACGCAAUCAUUGUUGAAGUUUAACAAAAAGCAAAAGUAUUUUUCAGGUCAUUAUUGAGCACCACUACUCUUGUUAUAGUUCUUAUAGUUCUUAAUCAUCAAGGCUGUCAUAAAAACUAAAGUAGUGAAUAACAACAUGACGCGCGAUUUCUAUCCACUUUUACUAAAAGCACUAAUCACUGAUGCUUCUGCUGCUACUUCCAGAAAUAUUCAUAUCUGAAACAAAAAUAGAACGAAAAAAGACAAUAAUUUAACUUAGCAAGUGACAGUUAUAACUUCCUCAAGGUUAUACGGACAAACUAGUCGGUUCACGAUUUGGGAAAAUUGUAAAAUUAGGGAGUCUAAGCAACUCUUACGUCGCGGGCGUCUUGAAUGACAACCAGUUGUUUGUCUUCAGUUCGCUCUAUGAAACACUUCUACAUGACAUAACAAGUUUGAAAGUUUUUGUUUUAAUUACUGUAGUAUGACGUUAUCGAGUCAAACAAUUAAAAAAAAAGAAAGACUUAUGGUUGUUACUUUUGACGUACGGGAUGCCACCUUUGUCGUUACCUAAGCUCGGCUAGGACUAGUAACUUUCAACGGUUUGGCAAACGCGUUUAGCAUUUUUACAAAUCAGUCCGAUUUAUGGAAAAGCAGCUACAAACUAUCCUGAAACUGGUAUCAAUGGUGGCGUCGCGAAAUGUCGGGUUUUUUUUCCUAAGCCGUGCAAACACUUGCCAAAAGGAUAACAAGAAGGGCGAAAGACAAGGUCUGAUAACACAAAGGAGGAAAAAACAAUACAGGGAACCCAACCGCUACACAGAAGUUCCUUUUGUUUCGAAAACGUUUCACUGACAUCACCCGUUUUCCGUUUACUUUCCAACCGGAUAUAGUACUUGAAAACAUUUGCAAAUGAUGAAAAAUUAUGGACGUGAAAUCAGGGUAUUGCUAUAGUUCCUAACCUACAAGAGUGACAUUUGAAAUGUUCGUUGAGAUAACUAUGCAAACCAAAGACUAUCAUUACGAUGUAAACCUUUUAGCACUUUUAAACCUGUGUUACAGACGAAAUUAAAGCCUUGUACUAACAUUGAAUUAUAUCAUUAACACAAGCUACCCGAAUCCAAGUGUUCCAAAUGAUGAAUGUUACCAGUAUUGCAUAACCGUCCUCAGGAAAUGGCAUUCACAAAUAACAAUAAUAUUAUAUAUAUAUUAAACAACAUUUCCAACUUACCUGGGAAGGGUUUGUCCUUAAGGUGGUGGAGGGUGGUGAUCUCCAUGGGGAUGAGGCCCUUGGUGUGGUGGAUGGUGUGGAGGCCCAUGCGGUGGAGGCCCAUGCGGUGGAGGCCCAUGGUGUGGAGGUCCAUGGUGUGGGGGUCCAUGGUGUGGUGGAUGGUGUGGAGGCCCAUGCGGUGGAGGCCCAUGCGGCGGAGGCCCAUGGUGUGGAGGCCCAUGGUGUGGGGGUCCAUGGGGUGGCGGUCCAUGAGGUGGAGGCCCACUCAUCCUAGAAUUUGCGCUAACGUAAAUAACAAGACUUAAAGCACGUGUAGUUUGUUAGAAAAUAAGACUUGGCCAAAAGAGGCGUGAAAAUAAUUUUACUUAAUUUCUACUUUAAAAUUAACUUACUUAGAUUAUUGUUUUUGUUCAUGUUGGUGUGGAACAAAUUUCAUUUUUCAAAGUAAUUAAGUCAUGAAAGAUUCAAGUUUAAGCUCAAAUAAUAUAUAGAAAUUUGUUACAAGCUUAUAGUUACAAUAAUAGUAGGUUUAAUGAAGUUAUGAAUUUAUGAAAAUCAUAUAUGAGAACAAUAAUUGUAUUAAAAAAGAUCAUCGCAGUUAUAGACGCAACUUUUUUAGUUGCGAAAAGAAAGUCUGAAAAAAUUCAGGCUUGUACGGGAUUCGAACCCUUGACCUCUGCGAUACCGAUGCAGCGCUCUACCAAUUGAGCUAACAAGACAAUUGGGAGCAGGUCGUUGAAUUAGUUCGUAUUAAACCUGGUGAAUUGGUUGGUAUUAAACCUUGAAAGGAAUAUGAUGAUCAUCAUUAUCAUCCUUCAACGGGUUUAAUACCAACCAAUUGAACGACCUGCUCCCAGUAUGCUUGUUAACUCAAUUGGUAGAGCGCUGCACCGGUAUCGCAGAGGUCAAGCCUUCGAAUCCCGUACAAGCCUGAAUUUUUUCAGGCUUUAGUCUGUUAUAACUGCGAUGAUGUUCUUUCAUGUAAUAGUAAGUUUAAUAUCAAGUACAUUAAAGUUAAGAAUUGUUUCGUUUUUAUUGCUUACGUGUAGAAAAACGAAAUGAGACCAGGAUAUUGUCAUUUCCUGAACACAGGGUCUUAGCAACAAGUUUUCAUUUGGAUGUUAAGGUUCAGUGGGAGCCAAAUGGCGAACCAGCAGUCUAAUGCAUUAUCUUAAAGUGGAUUUAACAGAUAUAAAAAAUAUAUUUUUGACAAAUAUAAACUUGGACUGCGGACUGCGGAACACGAAUUGGGUAUAACAAGUGGGCUGAGACUCUGAGUACAACAACAACAAUUAUAUUACAAAGCAAAGAAAUACAGUAAAUAUACCGUGCUUCGAAAACAGGGCCAGAUUGAGAGUAAAACAACCAAGUAUUUUAAAGUAGAGGUGUUUGGUUUAGGAUUUGAAUUGAUAUAUUUGCUAAGCAUUUGUUAAACGUAACUAAAUGAAGCGAACAAAUGUGUUUACAUAAUAGGAGAACUUAGGAAAUAGGCCAAAACGAAAUCGAUCAUCUUUUAAAGGCUCGUUCUUCCUAGAAGAGUGUAUGGUCUCCCUGCUUAUGGCUCAUGCCAAGCGGAUUUAAAUACAGUACAAUGCUUCCUGAAAAGAUGUUUCAAGAGGCGCUACUCCUCAAAAAUUUAUAAUAUCCACGAGCUCUUAGCUAGCUCUUGCUCAAAUGUGAUAGGAAACUCUUCAAGAAAAUUAGAAGCGACAGUUCUCACCCAUUGUACCCUAUGUUGCCCCAAGCCAAAGGAUCCUCCCUUAGAUUAAAACAAAGAUCUAAUAAGUUACCUAGGAUAAACACUGAACGUUUUAAAAGAAGCUUUUUAAAUAGGCUUAGUUUCAAAUACAAUUGAACACUAUGAGAAAUUCUUACUGUAAGCUCCUUAAUUAAUUUGUGUACCGUUUGAUAUGUAUUGUAUCGAAAAAAGAAAGACAUAUUAAUAAUACUUAUUAUUAUUAUUAUUAUUAUUAUCAUUAUAACUACAAUUAUUACUAUUAUUAUUAUUAUUAUUAUUGAUCAGCAGGAGAAUAGGUACAACUCCAAAACGGCCACGAAAUGGCUCCAGAAGCUAAAACGAGUAACAGACACAACUAAGGCAUGGCUCCUCGCUCUAUUUUGGACUUCUUUCAUUUUUUCAUUUUUUGUCUCCCAUCUCUUUUCAUUUCGUUACUUAAACACAUAUGCUUAAUAUUGGAACCAUUUUUGGAGCUCACACUGUUCCACUUAAGGUCACGUGACCAGCCACGCCCAUAAUUAUGCAAAAUUAAAUAUUUUCACAUUACGCCAUGAAAAUGACUGUUGAAGCUUCCGUUUCUUUUUCCAUAGUGUUAAGUUUAAAGUCAAAUGAGUGAAAUUAAACGGGUUAUUGCAAAAUAUUUUAUUCCUAUGUAAUUAUCAAAUGUUUUCUCCUCGACCCAGUCCCACUCUCAACUGGAAACUUUAUAGUUCACUCAAAACAAAUAAUUUCGAAAAACCCCGAUUAAUUCCAUAAACCUUGUGUUAAUAGUCAUUGAAAGAAAACAGAAUAAAUCACAACUAGUAUUUGUAAAAUGUUGUAAAAUUGGACCAAACUAAAUGGCAAAAAAUGGGCGAGAUAAGUCACGUGAUAACGGAUAAGAACAUUUUUAAAAAGUAUUUACCGCAUGCAAAGUUUCAAGUCAAAAAGUUUAAUCUCCUUUAAACUAGACCACCCCCUCACAAAUUUCUAGAGACCUAUUCCUUAUUUCACCCGAGUCGAUCGAUCGCCAAACAUCAUUUGGACCAUAAAAAUCAAAUUUCAGCGGCCUGGGAACCUGCUAGAUUUCCGACGAUGCUAUCACCUCACUCAAGCACCUAAAAGAAAAGGUGGAAUGUUUUGGCGGUCUACUACUCGAUUAAAAGAACAGAUAAACCGCAUAACUGAACUUCACGACUUCUUAUUUUUUAAUUUUCUAGUGAUCUUAAAAUAUUACUUAUAUAUUACUCGAGCAGACUGUUCCAGUGAGUCAACCAUAAGCCCCAGCAUGAGAGCUUACUUGUUCCUUGCCCCAUACGGCAGUAGUCUCGGUCAGAUAACUAAGCGAGAUUUGUUCAAAAUGGCGCUCUCUCAGCGUGUGGGAGGGUCAACACCGGCUUUUCAGGACAAACCGGUUUGGGGAGGACAGGAACUGGGCCACUUUUAUUACUGAGCUGAAAUCUGGGCAAACCGGUUUUGGAAGGAUAGAACUGGGCCACUUGUCAAUGAGCUGAGAUCCGGUGGUAGAAAUUACCGGAAAUUAAGUUUCAGAAACGGAGGUGAGAAGUUCAAGGAAACAUUAUAAAAAUAUUCAUUUUGAUAUAUGGAAGUGGUUGGUCUGGUCUAGUGGCCUAGAACGCUGUGUUGUGGCCGCAGAAACCCGGGUUCGAACCUUACGACGACCCCCUUACAGUUAUAUUUUCAUUUUUUAAUAGUUCAUCGCGAAGACGAAGAAAUUAACAGAACACAGUAUUUCAUCGCUAACAAUAUACAUGACAAAAUUUCUCGAUUGUGAUUGGCUAAGAAGAAUGCAGCUUUUAGGUAACACGGUGCAGAAAAAAGGUAAUCUAGUGCAGAAAAGAGUAACAAACGUGACAUUCUGAUUGGCUAAUAAACAAAGGAACUCACGGAGAGCCAAUCAAAUGCGCCAUCUAAAUGGCGCAAAAUUUGGAUCCGCUCCUGACCAGUUUUGAGCAAAAACUGCGUUUGCAGCACAUUUGCUUUUGCGACCGAAACAACUGCAGAGGAGGUGAAAAACUCCUCUAGAAACGAAAACACUGCGAAAAGCACUGGUUUUUGGCUCUCGUUUUGGAAGAAUAAGGAAAUUACUGAUGAAAUAGAAAAUUUUGAGCCGGCUGAGCUUAACACAAUUGCUCGAGCAUUUCUACGCCGAAGUAAACAAUACAAAAAAGGUUAAGAUUAUGAACCAGAGAGCCUUAAAGUAAUGAUGACAAUGAUGGCAUCGCUUGAUAGACACGUAAAGAACAAAGGCUGCACCCUGUCCAUUGUACGUGACCGAGAAUUUAGUUCGUCCAAAGAGGUGUUGGAGGACAAAUUAAAGCGAAAGAGCUUCGCUUGGCUGGCCGUGGUAAGCGCCCAAACAAAGCUCGGCAAGUAUCAGAGGAGGAAGAAGAAAUUUCUGUGGAAGAGCGGAAAACUCGAGGUAAUAACCCAGAAUCUUUAAUUCAAACACAUUGAACAAUUCCAUGAACUGUUCAGCCCGUUUCUGCAGCUUGCAAACUUUAAAAACAUCGAGCAAAAUGUUGUUUUGACUGCACGUGUGAUGAUAUUUGCAGCAUUUGAAUGAUUUAUUUUUGCACCUAGUUUACGCGGGUUGACUUUCUCUUCCCCCCCUCCCCUUCCCCAUCUAAAAUCUCCUCUCCCCUAGCCCCUUAGGAAGGCCUGAUACUCAGGCUAGUUAGAGGAUUGCAAAAGUUAGUAUUUUUAGAAACAAAACAUUUAAGCCAAGAACUCACCAAGAGGCCUUUUAAGGAUCUUCUGUUUUCUAGGCUUUUUUUUAUUCAUUUAUCAAUCUUGAUAAACAUAUAUUUCGUUUGCAUUCUCGAGAUUCUCCCUCUGGUGUUACUUUAACUCUUUUCGUAAUCAGUAUACCACUAAUAAGUAAUCUAAAUAAAGAAUAUUCUGGCAUAAAGUCAUGUAUUAUGAUUGUUUUUCUUAGGUUGAUGUCUACAGCUUUGGUGCUCUUUUCUGUGAAAUGUGCAUCCGGGAACUGCCAGAUCCUACAAGGCGAGAAGAACAAGUCGUGCUUGUAACGAACUCUGUGUUUCGCGGCCUGGUACGGCGAUGCCUGCAGAGAGAGCCUGGGACGAGACCAACCAUGCAGGGAAUAAUCAAUGAACUGAAAGAUGCCAAUGUAUCAUCUUAA